AUGAUGCAACCGGAGAGGAGCAUCCAGGGUUUUAGCUCUAAAUACGGGCAAAAUUCUUUUACAUAUGAUGUUAAGCGAGAUGUGAACAAUGAGGAGACCUUUCAACAGCAACACAGAAGGAAGACCAUUUCCUCUAGGAACCUGGACUUCGACAUCACUACCUUGAGCCACCAUGUGCAGUGCCGCUGCUCGUGGCACAAGUUCCUAAGAUGCAUGCUUAUGAUCUUUCCCUUCCUAGAAUGGAUGUGUUUGUAUCAAUGCAAGGAGUGGCUCCUUGGAGACUUACUUGCUGGUGUAAGUGUUGGCAUUGUGCAAGUUCCCCUAGUCCUGAUGUAUAGUUUGCUGGCAAGGCAACUGAUUCCUCCUCUCAGUGUCUCUUAUGCAGCCUUCUGUUCUUCAGUAAUUUAUGUAAUUUUUGGAUCAUGCCAUCAAAUGUCCAUUGUCCUGAUGUAUAGUUUGCUGGCAAGGCAACUGAUUCCUCCUCUCAGUGUCUCUUAUGCAGCCUUCUGUUCUUCAAUUCUUGGCUUCACUGCAUUUGCAAACAAGAUAAACAUAGCCACAGAAAACAGCAGGACGCUCAUUGAUAUGAUCCCUUAUAGCUUCCUGUUUCCUGUAUUGCCAGAUUUGAACAUUCUUCAUACAAUUAUUUUAGAAGCCUUCUCUUUAGCUUUAGUGAGUUCUUCUCUGCUCAUAUUUGUGGGCAAGAAGAUUGCCAGUUUCCAUAGCUACCAUGUCAAUUCCAACCAGGAUUUAAUAGCCAUCGGCUUUUGCAAUGUCGUCAGUUCAUUUUUCAGAUCUUGUGUGUUUACUGGUGCUGUUAUCAGGACUAUUAUCCAGGAUAAAUCUGGAGGAAGACAACAGUUUGCGUCUCUGGUAGGCGCGGGUGUAAUGCUGCUCCUGAUUGUGAAGGUGGGACACUUCUACAAACUGCCGAAUGCUGUGGUGGCUGGUGUCAUCCUGAGCAACAUCCUACCCUAUCUUCAAACCAUUUACAACCUACCCAAUCUCUGGAGACAGAACCAAUAUGACUGUAUUAUUUGGAUGGUGACAUUCAUAUCUGCCAUUUUCCUGGGGCUGGACGUUGGACUGCUCAUUUCAGUAGCUUUUGCCUUCUUCGUCAUCACUCUUCAGUCACACAGAACUAAGAUUCUCCUCCUGGGUCAGAUCCCUAACACCAACAUUUACAGAAGCAUCAGUGACUACCAGGAGGUUACAAACAUUCCUGGGGUGAAAAUCUUCCAGUGCUGCAACUCCAUUACAUUUGUCAAUGUUUACCACCUAAAGCACAAGCUAUUAAAAGAGAUUGAAAUGGUAAGGGUACCUCUUAAAGAAGAAGAAGUUUUCAGCUUGUUUAAUUGAAAUGAAGCUGGCUUCCAGGAAGAGAAGAUUUGUCAGUGUUUCUGCAGCUGUAAUGAACUGGAACCACCAGCCAGGAUUGUUUACACAGAGAGAUUUGAAAGCAAACAGGACCACGAUACAUCCCCCAUUAACCUGAUCCACUGCUCAUGGUUCGAGAGCGUGAACAUGAGCCAAGCUACGUCAGAUGACCAAGAACGCUACAUAAUAUCUUCCACAUCUCAGAGGAAUUGUGGGCAAAACUGUGAGGAGGUGAAGAAAACUCAGCUGCCUAAGAAUCCCUCCAGAAAAGACUUGAUGGCACUGCCCAAAGCUUCUGAAAAUCAAGGGGAGAGUAGUUUGCCCGUCCCUCACUCAGAGGUAUCGCUUCCAACCGGCGCCCACACCAUCAUCCUGGAUUUCUCCAUGGUGCAUUUUGUGGAUUCACAGGCUUCAGUCACAUUAAGGCAGAUGUGCAAUGCUUUCCAAAACGCCAACAUUUUGGUGCUCAUUUCAGGAUGUCACUCUUCUGUGGUCAGGGACUUUGAGAGGAAUGACUUCUUUGACGCUGGCAUCACCAAGGCCCAGCUGUUCCUCACGCUCCAUGACGCUGUGCUGUUUGCCUUGUCAAGGAAGUUUCCAGAGUCCUCUGAGUUAAGCGUGGAUGAAUCGGAGACAGUGAUACAGGAAACCUACUCAGAAACAGACAAGAAUGAAGAGUCAAGACAUAACAUAGGCAUCAGUCUUCUAGGAAUCCCAAAAAAUGCAAGUCCAGGCUUCUCCACAAUGCAGAGGCCAGUAACAGUAACGGAAGAGGAGUCAGAGCUAGAUAUGGAUUUGGAGUCCAUGCUGGAAUCAGAACAAGAGACUGGGCUGGAUCUGGACCUAGACUUAGACCACAAGAUAGAACCUGAAUCUGAGCUGGAGCCUGAAGCAGAGGUCGAGACAGGGCCCAAGCCCAAGGCCACAUCCAGGCCAAAGAGUCAGUCUUAUCGUCUGCAGCAAUAUUGUCCUGUGUAUCAGUCUAUGCCUCCCAACUCCCCAACUGAGACUCAACACAGGACACAGUCAGUGGAAGGGAGGCAUCAACCUAUGAAUUUAUAUUCAUCCAAGAGCCAUGAACUUAAGGAUCCCUAG